UAUGUUUUACGCUCUUUGGAAAUUUAAUUUCUUCCUCUUAAUUUUAUUUUUUCUCGGUUCUUUCCUCUGUAACAUACUUGAAUUUGCAGACAAAGUUCCUAAUCAUUUAGAAACCCCUUUGAUUAGUAUGAACAAUUAAUCUUCAUUUCUAUCCCUAAUCACAAUACAAAAAAUAUUUGUUGCUUAUCUGUGAAUUUGCUUAAUGAAUUCUAAUUUUCCUAUUCAUUUCCUCAACUUUUUGUGUGUCAUUGUUAGCUUGUAGAAAUUUAAAAUUUUCCCUGGUGUUGAUCUUUAUUUCGAGUGUCUCGAAGAAAAUAUGGUACAGAAUGAUCACAGUAAUCUUCCACAUCAUUGAUCCUAAAAUUUCUUUCUAAACUCUUGUGCGAAGAAUCCUUUUGAAGACAAAGGUUCAGAUAAUAAUCCUUUGUGUUUGUAUCUCACCACAAUGGAAGAUCCAUACUCGGCCAUGGAGGGGAGUACUGAAGAAUACUCAUCCUUGGAAAACAGAGGAAAAGUUCGCUGGAUCUUGUGCAAGGGCUUAACAGUGGGAAGGAAAAUUUUGGUGACAGGAUUUGUGAUGUCUUCGGCUCCUGUGAUAGUUCCUCCUCUUGUGGUUAUCUCCUUUCUUGGGUUCGCUUGUUCGGUUCCGUAUGGGCUGUUGUUGGCGGGCUAUGCUUGCACUAAUAAGCUUAUGAGUAUGCUGCUUCCGGGGUCUAAACCCCCUCCAUUUCUUUUGGAUUAUGGACAAGCGUCGUAUACAGAUGAAGUUGGGGUUGAUAAGCAUGGUGAAGAAGAAGAUGGGUGGCGUAGAGGAGCUGUUGAUAUGGAGAAGGAAGAAGAAGAGAUGUUGGAGUAUACACGGGAAACAGUUGAGAUGAGGAUUGAAUUAGAGGAGAAUGGCAAUGAUCGUUGUAUUGAUGUGGCCAAUCAUGGAGUUAUUAGACAAGAUGAAAUUGAGAUAGUGGAGGAAAAUGGGUAUGAAGAAGCUGUUGAAGAGUAUGAAGAUGAAAAUGAGGAAGAACCUAUGAAAUUAGAAGUUGAGGUGAGAAUUGAAGGAGAUGGAGAAGAGGAAGAGGAAAGGCCUGCGAUUGUGGAAAGCCUAGAUCAUAUGCCAGUUGAUGAUGUGGCUGCUGUUGUUGUUGAUAUUGAGGGAGAUGAGAAAAGCGGCGGAGCCAUUGAACAUAUGGCAGCACCAUUUAAAGUGACAGACAUUGUUGUGGAAUUAUGUAAGAGUAAAGAAGUUAAGGAAGAUGAAGAAUUGGUGAAAGAAACAAGUGGAUUACUUGAAAAAAUCAGGGAGGGUAUGGCUGAUAAAGGAGAGAAGAACAACCAGAGUGUAGAGAAAUUAUCCGGAAAGGCAGUGGAGGAAAACCGGCAAGUUAAUAAGAAUGUUGAAGAAAUGGAAAUGCCAAUGGAAGGUAGAAUUAGCAAUAACCCUCUUACAAACGUUGAAAAGAACGACGACGAGGAUGUGCCAAAGGCGGAUGUGAUUCCCAAAGAGGGCAAAAUGGUUGGAACUACUGAUGUCUGUAGUGUCAAAGAAGAGGAGGAAAAACCAGUUUUAAACAAGCCUUUUAUGUUGCAGGGAGGAGGAGAUGAUAAUGUUGGUAAGGAUGUAGUACAAAAUGUUCAAUUGAAUAGGGAGAAGGAAAAUGUGACCUCUUCAAAUCCAGAUGUAAGAAAAAUUGCUGAUGAAAGUGGGUUUGAUUUGUUUGAUAAUAGAAAUGCAGCUGCCCAUUUAUAUGCAGAUUACAACACCAUUGGAGAAAAUGAACACUCUUCAAGCACCUGUGGAAAUCGUAAGACAGUUGAUUAUAUGGCGGUUCCUGUUUGUUCGGGAGAACGCAAGUGCAACGAUGCUGCAAUUUGCUCACAGGAAGACAGUGGUAUGGCUUCCAGUAAGGAGGUGUACAGUGAGGAGAAAAUCUGGGAACUUAUGGAGGCGAUGCGGCUGAUAGUUGGAUACAAAGUAGCGCCACAGGGCACAUGCAUUGAGGAGUUGAAGAGGCUGUAUUUGUUGACUGGAGUUGAGCCUCCAGCCUCGUUUAAGGACCCUUCUGAUCUUGUUGAAGUUACUGAAAAGCUCAGGCUUCUCAUGUCUAUUGUUGGAGUCAAGUAGACGAUAUUUACUGUUUUUUUUUUUUAAUAGUUUUAAGUUGAUGUUUAAGAUGCAAAUAAUAUAGCGAAACUUGCCUCUUGCCCCUCUAAUUUCAGAAUUAUGAUUUUACGAUCAGUGGAUUUGUUUUUUUA